AUGAAGGGAUAUUCAGGCGUAUUCCCUUGGAAGAGCAAUCCUACGAAAAAUCAAGAAGCGCCCAGCGGUACUUGGAAGCUGUUUGGCAAAUCGAACAGCCUAUCGAAGAGCGCCGAAGUUCAGAAGACCCUGACUCCUACCUCAUCAGUGAGCAACACACCCCAUCACCACAAAAGGCAGGGUAGUUCAGCCAGCGAGAAGCAGUUUGAAGAUCUGGUUGCGAGUUCUAUUGCUUUGAUCCAACAUGACAGGCCUUCAAACCUUCCAGCCAAGUGCACAGAAGAGGCGUUACGUCAUAAAGCAGAGCACGCAAGAAUGGUGGAAGCAGCAAGAAGAAAGGUUGAACGGGAAGCCGCGGCUCGACAUGCAAGGAUACAGGAAUCUCUGCGAUUGGAAGAACGACUGGCAAGACACGCUAAGGAAUGGACACAGAAUAUAUUGCCUGAUUGGGAUAACAUGAAAAAUGCAAAGCGGACGCUAGAAUUGUGGUGGAGUGGAUUGCCUCCUUCAAUACGGGGUAAAGUUUGGCAGCUGGCAAUAGAAAAUAAACUUAAGAUCACGCACGUAAUGUACCAAGACCUGGUGUUCCAAGCCAAACAAAAGUUACAUGAGGCAAAACUAAAAAGGAAGAGGUUAAAAAUCAACAAAGCAUGCGGUUGUAAAGAGGACAACUCUGAUGACAGACGAUCCAGCAAAGAGAAACUGCAGAAGGAAGAAAUAACGGGAGAGAUAAACAAUGAGAAAAUAGAUAUCAAAGAAACAGAAUUAGAUAGUACAGAUGAAAGAAUAGGAUGCGAAGAAAGGUUAUCCAAUAGGGAUAAGUUCGUAGCUAAAUCCGAGACACCACGUCUAGGAAUGUCUAGAAACUUCAGUGAGCAGAAUUUAAAGAGUAUGAACUCUGAGAGUGAGAGGAAGAACAAAUCAAACCCGAAUUUAGUAGAAUACAGUGAUGAGUGUUCAAUGGAGUUGAUACAAUUGGAUAUAGCAAGGACGUUCCCCCAUUUGUGUAUAUUUCAACCGGGUGGGCCGUAUUUUGAUGUCUUGCACGAGUUGUUGGCUGCUUAUGUGUGUUAUCGACCGGAUAUUGGGUAUAUACAGGGUAUGUCGUUUAUAGCGGCAGUGUUAAUAUUGAAUAUGGAGGCGCCACAGGCUUUCAUAUGUUUCGCGAAUUUAUUAGACGGUCCUGUACUAAGAGCGGCUUUUACUAGGGACGGGGCUAUGAUGCAGCGUCUAUGGAAGGCGUAUACAGCCCUCCUGGAAUACAACGUCCCAUCUGUAGCGAACGCGGUCGCACCGGAGCUGUACUUGUUGGAGUGGUUGUACACGGCCUUUGCUAAGGCGAUGCCUCUGGAUGCCGCUUGUCGGGUGUGGGACGUGUUCCUAAGGGAUGGGGAUACUUUCCUGUUCAACACGGCUUUAGGCAUUUUACAUUUAUACCAAGAAGAGCUCAAAGAGAUGGAUUUCAUAUCGGCAGCGCAGUUCCUCACCAAACUGCCGGAAGAUCUGGACCCCGAAGCCCUCUUCAGAAGCAUCUCCUCGGUGUCCAUGACACUGGACGGGAUGUCCUUCGAGGAACUGGUCUCCUGCUGCCAGCUAGAGCAGACCCUGGAUGAUGAUGUGACAGUCAGGUUAUGA